AGCCGUCUUGGCCCCCGCACUCCUGGUCGGCACAAGGCUGCCUCAGCCGCUCCGCCGCCGUCGCCAUGGCCCGCCUGGUGCUUGCCCUCGCCGCCCUCCUGCUCGCCGCCCAUGGCCGCGCCGCCGCCGAGGACACCACCACCGUCGCGGAGGAGCGGCGCCUGGAGACCACCGACAGCCCGCCGUCCACCUCGGAGCCCCUGUCCGCGGCGCCCCGCGCGAGCGGCCUGGGCCCGAGGCUGCUGGCGCUCCUGGUGGCCCUGCUCGUCGGCCACGGCUGUGCGGCCCCAGACGACACCACCACCGUCGCGGAGGAGCGGCGCCUGGAGACCACCGACAGCCCGCCGUCCACCUCGGAGCCCCUGUCCGCCGCGCCCCGCGCGAGCGGCCUGGCCCCGGUGGCCGCCCUCGGCGUCGCGCUGGGCCUGGGCGCCAGGCGCUGAGUGCAGGGGCUGCCUCGCGGCAGAGCCGUGUGCUUCGUGCGAGCACCGCCCCCGGCCCCCCCCCCCCUUGCAGAGGGCGGCUUUUUGGGGCGCCCGCGUGCAGAAGGCCUCGAGGGCGUGGCAGCUGCCAGUGGGUCGUCGAGUGCAGUCUUCGGCUGCGGUGAGCAUGGGGCAGGUCAAGGUCGUGCCGCACCCGUCGGCAUCGUUUCCGCCCGCUCUCCCUGCAGCUCCUGUUUCUCGCAGGCUCCCCGAGGUGCUUUUCCAAAGCGACACCGCUGCGGUGGCCUGUGGCCUGCAGCCGUCGAAGGGGGGGUCUCAGCCGCCCGCCGCGGGAGGCGAUCAGCGGGGACGGGGGGGCAAGAAGGGCAGCACCUUCUCUCGGCGGCGAAAUGCGAACCCUAC